CAGCGGGAGGCGGCGCCAUUUUGGGCGUGAGGGGUGGAACUCCUGCUUCUCCCACCGCCGGGAGCCGCCGCCUUGAGGUUCGUGUCCUGCCCCUCCGUGUGGCUGAGGUGGCUGCUGAUCGGCCGGGCCGCGAAGGGAAAUCGCUUCUCCUCCGCCACCAGCGCUGCUUCCACCGACCUGUGCCACCACCGGGCGGGGAAGGGGCGGCGUGGGGAUGGCGGUGUCAGCGCUCAGGAGCCGGCGGCUGCUGAGGUACUGAAGUCAAGUGUGGACAGUAACAUCUCCUUGGUUUAGCCAAUUUGAGAUUGAGAAUGGCAGGUUUCUCUUCCUUUGGAUGGUAGAUGCUUCAUGCUGAAAAUACAGUAAGGCUCUUGGAGUGUCAGGACGAAAUCGGAAUUGAGCCAUAUUCUAAAAGAAUGAAGUCAACAGAAGGGGCUUGUGACAAAUUCCCUGAUGAUGAUGAUAAAGGUACUCAGAAGAAAGUGGAUGUUGAGAGAAAAUCAAAUGGUUGGAUACCUGCAUGUGCCUUAGAUAACCAAGGGCAAUGUGAAAUGCAGAAGCAAGAGAAAAUACCUUCUGGUGUCCUGGAGUCCUUGAAUGAAGUUCUCCCUGAAAAUAAUCCAGUGCUAAGUCAGCCAAUUGAUUUAGAAACUGUGCAGAAUAUAAAUCCUCCUUUUACAUCAAUGAAUUACUCUAAAGUUGAAGAAGAGAAGGAUCCUUUUAUUACAAAUAAUUCUGGUGAAGAUAAUAUUGAAAAAAACAGUGCAUCAUUCUCAGUAAAUAGAAAUCAAUCAGAUGAAGACUUUUUUACAAGCAAAGAUUUUAUAGGACCUAUUUACAAGCCCACCAAAAGUAACAAGCAGGACAAAUCUGGCAAUUGCAAUGAAUGUAAGAACACUGGAGGAGAUGAGAAUGAAUUAUGUGAAAACAGAUGUGAAAGAAAGGAAGCGAAGAAGAUGCAGGCUGUUUCUGCCACUGUACCAGAAAUAGAUGAUCAGCUGGAUCAGUUCUAUAAAGAAAUUCACCUGCUGGAAAAUGAAAAUUUAGAUACUAAUGUUCAGGAAAAAGAAACGGAAAUUUCUGAGGAACAGCACUCUCCAUUUAACUCUGGUCAGAGCUCACAAGAAAAUUAUCAACCUGUACUUUUGGGCAGUCCACACCCAUUUUGUGAGAAUGGACAGUGUUCUUUGGGGGAACAGAACAGUCAGAAAACAAACAAUGAGCAGCAGUUAGUUGUGGAAACAGGUGGCUGGAAAACUGAAAAUACAUUUAAUGACCAAGUAGAUACUUGGAACUGCUCAGUGCCUGAAUUCAGACCUGCUUGGCAGACUAGGGCAUCUUUCAAAAAACCUCAGGGACCUUUUCCUCCUAGAUUCAAUCAUCAAUCCCAUUUUCAGAUAUUUGAUCCCUCACCACGAAUCCCAAAUGUUCCUCCUUCUCAGAAUAGGGGAUUUCCUUAUGAAAGUUACCUUGGAAAUACUGAUAUCAACAGUCAUGGUCCAUUGCUUGAUCAGAAUACCGACUAUUCUGGUCAUACUAACAUCCAUAUUACUCAGGUCUUCAGGAAUGGGAAUAAUGAUCAGAAUGGACUCCAAAGUAAUGGUUUCUGUGAAACCAGAGAAGAGUGUUGGAAUGAUCCAAAAGCUGACAGUACAGAAGGAAUGCACAACUUUUCUUCAUUGCAGUUAUCUGAAGAAAAAUUCAGUUCACAGAAAUUGCUUCUAAUCUUAAGAGGCCUACCAGGUUCAGGGAAGUCCACACUUUCUCGUGUGCUGCUUGGUCAGAGUUGUGAUGGCAUUGUGCUCAGUACCGAUGAUUAUUUUCGUCAGCAGUAUGGAUACACCUAUAAUGCUGCUCAGCUUGGUGAUGCCCAUGAGUGGAACCGGAAGAGAGCAAAGCAAGCAAUGGAGCAGGGAAAAUCUCCAGUUAUAAUAGAUAACACUAAUACUCAAGCCUGGGAAAUGAAACCUUAUGUGGAAGUGGCUCUAGAAAAAGGAUACAGAGUGGAAUUCCAUGAGCCAGAUACUUGGUGGAAGUUUGAUCCUGAAGAACUGGAAAAGAGGAAUAAGCAUGGAGUCACUCGUGAGAAGAUUGCUCAGAUGUUGGAACGAUACGAAUAUCAAAUAUCCAUCCCUAUUGUCAUGAAUUCAGUGGUACCUCCCCACAAAAACACUCAAAGACCACCUCUGCAGAGAAGACAUAGGUGGGGAGACAAUACAGACUCAUGGAGGUCUUUCAGUAUUUCCAGUAGCCAGUAACACAGUUGCAGUCAAUUAAUAAGAAUCUGUUAUUUGCCCUUUUAAAACACAUCAUCACCUCCAAUAAAAUAGUGAUUUUCUGUGUUUUAAAUAGGCCUAUUUCAAGACGCAUUUUCUUCUGGAGGUUGUUCUUUUUAAUGGACUUGGAUGUAAAUAAAAUGUACAUUUAAUGUUUUUUAAAACUAUUAAAGUUGUAAGAACUUGGAUUAUAGUAAAAUAUUUAAUAUAGUAUGGCAUAUAGCAAAGUCUUUCUUUGGAAAUCUAAGACUGAUGUCAUAUAUUAGAUAACUGUUGAGCAGUUUUUUUUAAAGAAGGGGUCAUAUUAAGGAUCUUUUAAAAGAGAAGUAAAGCUCAAGAAGAGUUUAUUUACGUAAUAAUCAAUUUUAAUGAUAGUUAUUUAGUCUUCUUACCUUUUUGGAGAUUUUUUUGAAAGCAGUUAUGUUCUGGAUUGUCCUUUAGUUCUAUUUGGCAUGUAUUGCCAAUUGGCAAAAUUUUGGCAUGUGUUUUUUUAUUUCAGUUAAGAGGUUUAAUUUUUUUGUUGUUAUUUUCUUGGGUUUUUGGGUCUUUUUUCUUUCUUUAUUGGUCUCAGAAGUUCAUGUGGCAGCUGAAGCAACAUUCUGCCAGUACAGUAUUCACCAAUUAUAAACUGUGCAACCUGAAUUAUUUUUUAAUUUAUUCUUGUCGGAAGUAUAUAAACUGUGAUGAUGUUGGCACACCACCAGCUUGUUUUGUGCUGACUGAAAAAAACCCUAAAUUUUAUCACUAAACCACUGAAAUUUCACAGCUGUGUCUUUCUAAGUCAGUUUCUUUUAUUUGUGAUAAAAAUGAAGUUUUAAAGAAUUAGGCUGUCAAUUCCUAGUCCACGGUUAGGAUGAAUCAAUUCAAUAUAAAUAGUGGAUAUAAUUCUGUAAAACCAUCUUGCAUUCCUAAUUUUGGCAUAGGCAAUGUAAUCUGUUUAGCACAAAACAAAGAAUGAGCCAGCAUGGAGACUGACUUACUGCUCUUUUUCUCUUAAAAAAAUUAUGAAUUUGUAAGUGUUCACUUUACCUUUUUUCUAACAGCUUGCUGUAUUAAUAAAAUAUAUUUGUGUUCAGUAUUGUUGAAGUAGUUCAAUGCAACAGUUUAUAUUUUCAGGCUUGUAGGAUUUUAUAUAGAUGAGCAUUACUGCUAACCUGCUAGCUGAAAUAACCUAACUAUUCUUGACUUCCUUAUACACUGAAUGACCAAACAUUGGCUAGAUAAUUUUGUCAAGAACAUGAGUAUGUAACAAAAAGAAUUUAGAUGGUUAUUUACUACUCAUUUUGGUUCACAGUAUCAGAAUUUUUAAAAUUGCAAAGCCAGCAUAUUUUUUUUAAUUGUAGACAAUUUUUGAAUAGCCCCUAAAAAUUACUUUGUCAAUAAAGUCUGAAUACCAUGAGAGCUGAAAAUCCAGCUAUAUAAUGAAGUAUCUUUCUGUGGUUUUCUACACCUGUUGUGCAAAUUUAUGUUUUAAAUAUUUGAAACAGAAUUAAAAAUGUCUCACUAGCACAUGCAUUGUUAAUAUAUUGAAUUAUGUGUAUGUGUAGAAAAGGGAUUCCCCAACUAUAUUAUUUAUCUUCCUUUAUUGUCUGUUAUUCAUACCAAGUAUUUAAUUUAUUUUAGUCUUCAUUGUUAUAUUUUUCCAUGUCUCAGAAGUAUCAUGGAUAUCAUUGUAAAUGCUCAUUAAUACUU